UCUCUCUCUUUUUCUCUCUCCUCCUCGCGCUCCCUCUCUUUACCCUUUCCCGCUCUUCGUUUUUUUAGUCAUCUCCUCGUUUCGCCCUCUCCCCUCCUCUUUCUCUCUCUUUCUCUCUCCUCUCUCUCUCUCCACGAAGGUCGUCGCGCUCACCUCUACGCAUCGAUCGCUAGGCGACGCGGGGAAACCCUAACUCUCGUAUUUGCCUCUUGAUCUCCUCGGGGAAAUUGGUUCACCAUUGGUCUUGGAUGGUGUUUUAUAACUGUUUCAACGAUGUAUAUAAAGAAGGUUAUAAUUGAAGGGUUUAAGAGCUACAAAGAAGAAGUUUCUACAGACCCCUUCAGCCCCAAAGUAAAUUGCGUUGUUGGCGCCAAUGGAUCCGGAAAAACGAACUUUUUCCAUGCUAUAAGAUUUGUCCUCAGCGAUCUAUUUCAAAAUUUGCGCAGCGAAGAUAGGCAUGCCCUUCUCCAUGAAGGUGCCGGACAUCAAGUUGUGUCUGCUUUUGUUGAGAUAGUGUUCGACAAUUCGGACAAUCGCAUUCCAGUUGAUAAGGAGGAGGUGCGCUUGCGCCGUACAAUUGCAUUGAAAAAGGAUGAGUAUUUCUUGGAUGGAAAGCAUGUCACCAAAACUGAAGUUAUGAAUUUGCUGGAAAGUGCUGGUUUCUCUCGCUCGAAUCCAUACUAUGUCGUCCAGCAGGGGAAGAUAGCAUCCCUUACCUUAAUGAAGGACUCUGAGCGUCUAGAUCUUCUUAAGGAGAUUGGUGGGACCCGUGUUUAUGAAGAAAGACGGCGUGAGAGCUUGAAAAUAAUGCAAGAAACUGGUAAUAAGAGAAAGCAGAUAGAUCAAGUUGUUCAGUACUUGGAAGAGCGAUUAAGGGAACUGGACGAAGAGAAAGAAGAACUGAGGAAGUAUCAGCAGCUGGACAAGCAGCGAAGGUCUCUGGAGUAUACCAUUUUGGACCAUGAAUUAAAUGAUGCUAGGAAGGAUUUGGCAGAGAUAGAUGAGAACAGGAAAAAAAUUUCUGAGAAGAUGUCUAGUGCCGACAAUGAAGUGGUGGAUGUUCGUGAAAAGAUUAAAUCGUUGGAGAAGGAAAUCAAAGGCUCAGCGAAAGGCAUGCAUGAUUUAAGAGAAAAGAAAGAGGGGAUCGAGAAGAAACGAACUGAGGCAUUAAAAGUGCAUGCACAGGUUGAGCUGGACUUGAGAGAUGUAGAAGAAAGAAUUUCAGGGGAAGUCCGAGCAAAGGAUGAAGCUGCAAAGCAGUUGGAGAGCUUGAGGAGAGAGAUUCAAGAAUCCAGGGAUGAACUUAAUUCAAUCCGGCCAGUGCACCAGGCAAAAGUGGCUAAAGAGGAGGAAAUAGCUAAGAGCAUAAUGGAUCGUGAGAAGCAGCUGAGCAUUCUGUACCAGAAACAAGGGCGGGCUACCCAGUUUGCGAGCAAAGCUGCUCGCGAUAAGUGGUUGCAAAAGGAAAUUGAUGAUCUUGAACGUGUACUUUCAUCAAACAUGAAGCAGGAAGCGUUACUUCAGGAUGAAAUUCAGAAGCUCAAAGAUGAGGAACAUAAGCUGGAAAAGUAUAUAGAGGAUCGAAGAGGUAAAGCAACAGAGAUAGAAUCAUUCAUAACAAAAGGCCAAGAAGAGUAUAGUAGUUUGAGGAGACAGAGGGAUGAACUGCAAGACAUCAGGAAGUCUUUAUGGAAGGAAGAAACAGAACUUUCAGCUGACAUUGACAGGCUAAAAUCAGAUCUUUUAAAAGCCCAGAAGAGCCUUGACCAUGCCACUCCAGGCGACACAAGAAGAGGGCUGAAUUCUGUCAAUAGGAUCAUCAAGGAUCAUAAUAUUAAAGGUGUAUUUGGUCCAGUAUUGGAGUUGGUUGAGUGUGAGGAGAAGUUUUUUACUGCUGUUGAAGUCACUGCUGGAAAUAGCUUGUUCCAUGUGGUUGUUGAAACAGACGAUAUAUCAACUAAGAUAAUAAGAUAUCUAACGGCAGAGAAAGGUGGAAGGGUGACAUUUAUACCACUUAACAGGGUAAAAGGUCCGGAGAUGAACUAUCCACAAAGUCCUGAUGUUGUGCCUUUGCUAAAGAAGCUGAAAUAUCGUUCUGAUUAUGCUCCUGCUUUUAUGCAGGUAUUUGGCAGGACGGUGAUAUGUCGUGACUUGGAUGUGGCAACCAAAGUUGCCCGAAAUAACAGUCUUGACUGCAUCACGUUGGAAGGUGAUCAAGUAAGCAGGAAAGGUGGUAUGACAGGCGGAUUCUACGAUUUUAGACGUUCAAAACUGAAGUUUGUGAAGAUAGUCAGGGAAAAUAAGACUUCUAUCCACAAAAAGACAGUGGAAUUAGAGGAAAUUGGGAAGAAACUCAAAGAGAUAGACCAGGAAAUAACAAAACUAGUUACCAGACAACAGCAGAUGGAUGCAGACCGUGACCAUGAAAAGUCAGAAUUGGAACAACUUAAAACUGACAUUGCCGGUGCAUUUAAGCAGAGGCAAUCAAUUACAAAAUCUCUGGAGAAAAAGGGAAAGUUACUUGCAAAUGUCCGUAACCAGAUUGAUCAAAUCCGAUCUGGUAUCGCAUUGAAACAAGCAGAAAUGGGAACAGAGCUUAUUGAUCAGUUAACACCUGAAGAAAGAAAUCUUCUUUCAAGAUUAAAUCCUGAAAUUACAGAAUUGAAAGAGAUGCUUCUGUCUUGUAAAACUAAUCGAAUUGAGAUUGAGACGAGGAAGGAGGAACUAGAAACCAAUCUUUCAACUAACCUUGUGAGGCGACAGCAAGAGCUGGAAGCAAUUAUCUUAUCAGCUGAUUCUAAGACCGUAAUAGUUGAAGCUGAAUCAAAAAGGCAGGAGGUUAAGAAUUCUAAAUCUACUGUUGAUGAGCUGACCCAACAGCUCAAAGCUGGUGUUGAAGCAAUAAAUAGUCUAACCAAAAAGACAGAUGCAAUAAAAAAACAAAAGGAAGAGCUAAAGUCACUUGAAGCAAAACUUGAGCGAAUACUUCAAGAUGGAGCAAGAGACUUAGAUCAGUUGAUGAACAGUAGGAGUAUGCAUAUCACUAAGCAAGAGGAGUGCAUGAAGAAAAUCAGGGAUUUGGGCUCGUUGCCUUCAGAUGCUUUUGAAACGUAUAAGAGGAAAAGCAAAAAGCAAUUACAGAAGUUGCUCUAUGAGUGCAAUGAACAGCUAAAGCAAUUUAGUCAUGUUAACAAGAAGGCUCUUGACCAAUACGUGAAUUUCACUGAGCAACGUGAACAACUACAGAGAAGACGAGCUGAACUUGAUGCAGGCGAUCAAAAAAUUAGGGAACUUAUUUCAGUUUUAGAUCAACGGAAGGAUGAAUCAAUUGAACGAACAUUCAAGGGAGUAGCAAGGCAUUUUCGAGAAGUGUUUGCUGAGCUCGUGCAAGGUGGCCAUGGCUACUUGGUUAUGAUGAAGAAAAAGGAUGGCGAAGCUGGUGAUGAUGAUCGUGAUGAGGAUGGACCUCGUGAACCAGAUCCUGAAGGAAGAGUUGAAAAAUACAUUGGAGUUAAAGUGAAGGUCUCCUUUACUGGGCAAGGAGAAACCCAAUCCAUGAAACAAUUGUCCGGAGGUCAGAAAACUGUAGUUGCAUUGACACUGAUCUUCGCCAUCCAGCGAUGUGACCCUGCCCCAUUCUAUCUGUUUGAUGAGAUUGAUGCAGCGUUAGAUCCUCAAUACAGAACAGCUGUCGGAAAUAUGAUUCGCAGGCUAGCUGACAUGGCCAAUACACAGUUCAUCACUACCACGUUCCGGCCGGAGCUCGUUAAAGUCGCAGAUAAGAUAUAUGGCGUGACGCACAAAAACAGGGUGAGCCAUGUGAAUGUGGUUUCGAAGGAGGAGGCUCUUGACUUCAUCGAGCAUGAACAGACGAACAACAACUAAUAAAUAAUAGGUAAUAAUAGGCAGGUAACAAUCAUAGGACCCGGAUCUAUCCAUCUUGUUGUAUAUGUAUUAACUUGUUACACUGAAAUAUGGCUUUAUAUUGCAUGUUAUUAUGUAUGGGCUGUGUGCGGUUACCAGCUACUGGGAAUGUAAUAUUGUGAACUAGAAAAGGUGUUUCGGGCCUUAACAUGGUCAUGUGCAUGCGCAGGUAGGCAUUGUAGUGUAGUUUGCAGCGUGCAGGUUCUUCGUUACAUAUUUGGUUGAACAAAACAAGUGAAGUUAAUAUCCUGAUGUUACUGCUGUUAUUAACGCACUGCUUCCAAGCUAGUGGACUUAAAACACAUUUUAUCUCUAAUCAUCCACUUGCAAUUCGGUGAGACUAGAGAUUAA